CUCUGCCAUCAUGCCAGUCGAGGCGGACGACGACGUCGACAGCAUCUCCACGACCUCGACUUUGUCCAGUGAACAGGAGUCUGAAUAUGAAGUGGAGCAGAUCUUCGCCGAAAAGCGAUUCCCGGAUGGCAUCAAAUAUCUGGUGAAAUGGGCCAAUUACCCCAUGUACCGAUGCUCCUGGGAGCCGGAGCAUUGCUUCAAUACCCCCGGGGCCCUGUUGGACUGGUGCCAGAAGAAAAAAGACGUCCAGGAAGGCAGAGAGGCUCCGUUCGAUCUCGACGAAUGGCAGAACCAACAAGACGCCCGGGAGCAAGCUAGAGCCCAGCGACGCCAACGGAGAGAAGAACAAAGAAGGAAAAACCGGAUUCGUUCCCAGAACAAACGAAAUCGGGCUGCUCUGGAUGCUACGUCCUCUCAUGCUCCAACGUCACGCAUCGCAGCAACCGCCGAGAAACCGGACCUGCACACUCGGGCCCAAUCACCACCGUUGGGUCAACGAGCAAUGAAAACGAGUCCUGCAACAUCUCCUCCUGUCCUCUUUGGAAAUAGUCAGAAAAGCGCCAGCCUCCUACGACUUAAGGAACCCUCUAAUGGCAAGCCCGGUAAACAUUUCAACUUGUCAACCAGGUGGCGCUACGAGAAGGCAAAGACGGAUGAGCCUGCUCCUAAUGCAAAUCAAUUGGAGCUACUUCGGCCGUCGGAAUGGCAUUCUCGACCACUUGCUAAUGCAGCGAAAACCGGUCCCAUUGAGGGUCCAUCUCAGACCGAGAAAGCGGGCGAGUCAUCGAAGCGAAAUGACAGUAGUGUCCCGAAUGUCCAUGUUCAAAAUCCUCAAACCUUGUUGAUGGAUUCCUCUGUAUCAACUGAGCCCUCAUUCGGCCCCGGCAAGCCACCACCCCAGCAAGGAGAUUCCAGCAGAAACUUGGGCCACUCGGGUGAUAGACAAGGGCCGAUUCCAGCGAUGCCAGAGGGCGAACCACUUGUACCCCAAAGGCUGCCCGGUCCCCUGAGUCAUGUCACAUCAAAUCGUAGAUUUUUUAAUCCUGGCGAGGUGCUGGUUGAGUUGUAUUAUGGACCGGAGAAGACAGCAAUCGGAUCAGCCAGACUCUGCGGUCUCACCCCGGCCACCAGAAGCCGAAUCCUGUAUCGCAAAACACAGUAUUCGGUAGAAUUGUGGUUUCAGCAUCUUUGUACGCUCGACGACUAUGAUAGACUUUGUCUCAAUACAUUCAACCAAAAUUAUUGCACCGGUUGGUUCGAAGGAUUCAGGGAUACGGAAAUGAACAUAUCUCGCAUGGCGCAGGAUCUUCGUCGAAGGGACCUGUUGGCGGUUUCUAUUCCUGCUCACGAAUCGCAGAACGUUUUACUUGCUUACCCUCCCGGCUCAAGGGACUUUGACUUCCUCCAGACCAAAUUCAGAGGGCGCGCAGGCUUCUCUCUUUGCCUUACAGCGAGAAGUCAACUAGGCCCGAUUGAACGACUCAACGGUCGUACCAAGAGGAACCAAGCAUUCACAACGAUUGAAUCAAGACCGUCUAUCCCUGGCCCUGUGAAUGAACACCCGUGCCCGACUAAAACGCAAGGGGAAGCCUCAAAUGGUCGUAAUGCAGUUGUUCCCGAAGCACCCGUUUUGCCCCUUCCCCAAGAGCCACACACGAGCGACCCAGCUUUAAUCGACAAGCCGCACGAGAUGCAGGGACCACCCACUGUGAACCCAACCCUAUCACCCUCGACCAGAUUUUCCGACGGCUUUGGAGAGCCCAUGGACCUUGAUCGACCCACUCCUCCCUGGAUGGCCCCACCUAGCACUGUGGCUGACACCGACAAUGAGCAGCGCCUUUCUAAUGACCAGGAAACCGUCGGGUUUGACUUGAUCGACUGGUUUAAGAGGCAGUACGGGGUGACCUUCUCCAUGUUACUCGACUCCAAACAAACUGCCGGCUUCUACGUCAUGUACCCGGGUCAUUUUGGACAAGUCGACGCGCAGUCCGACGCGCAGUGUGAGAUAUUGAUGGCAUUCCUACAAAAGCACACCACACAAACCUAUUCCAGUCGCCAAUCCAAAGACUGGGAGACUUUCACCUUGAUGGAGCGAGGUGUGGCCCUGUUUCACGAGAACUUUGUUGAUUUUGACACCCUGCCCUCAUUGAGUAGCCUCCUUAGAAAGGACAUUACCUUUUGGAGCUUUUCCUUGCAGGCCCCGCACGAUUAUGCCGGUCACCCAGCCCACUUCCAUCGUAUAUUUCCGCAAGGCAAUGUCUUUCUAUUGACAGAGGACGCGAUGCUCGCAAGACCGGAGAGGACAGCCGCCUUUCUAGCCUGGUUCCGCGACAACUUGAAGAAAAAGUUCCCUGGAACUUGGAAACUCAUGGUGCGACCGAACAUCCUGGAGUGGGUGUUAAAACAGUUUGACAAGCAGCAUCCGUCCAAACGGGGAAUAUGGAUUGUAAUUCACCAAUUGAUCAUGGAACUCGGCCUUUCUGCCAAUGCAGACGUCAGCCCGGAAGUCGAUAUUGUGGAGAAUGCCGUUAUUUCGCCGAAUCUCCCAUCUUAUGGCUCUUCCGUGAACGACCAGAGGCCAAACAAUGCUAGCGGCUUGACCGAGGAAACAAGAAGAGCGGACAGGCUUGCCGAGUUUUUCGCGGGCUGGGCCCUUGUUCAACGACAUCAAUAUCGACGCUUUUUCCUUAUUUCUGGAAUCGAACCGCUUGACCGCUGGAAAAGAUGGAAACACGUGAUCACCGACCAACAUUACAGAGGUGUUAUGUCGACUUACAAAAUUGAUUACGGAUUCUACUGGUCUAAAAUUCAAGGCCAAAAGGGAGGGACCGCCACCGAAGAGAGAAUCCAAAACACUCCUCUGGCCUACACCCCACAGACUCCUAGAGCGAGUGGAUUUAGGUCGGAGCAGCCCCUGGCAGCAACUUCUACGACAUACAACUACCCGCAACCAUACCAGUGAAUCUCAUGGAAAUCUCCCAUGCACUUUUGCUCUUCCUAGCGUCUCAUUUUUGAUAGCGUUCUUAUCUCGGGGUUUAUUCAAAAGUUAUUUCGCAGCGAUCAAUACCCCAUUGGCGAUCCUGAAAGUACGUCUGGGGUACAGCCGGGGGUUUUUUUUCUUUUUCUUUUAAAAAAGUCUCAUGAAUCUCAUGUAUCCAGGAAUACAAAGAUAAAAAUGAUUGUCAACCAUUGAAUGUUCUAGUUAAGG